GGGCGCGGGCGUGCUAAAGCGCAGUUUAACUUGUAACGAAAUAUCUCAAUUAUGUUUGAUGCACAGGGAAUUCUUGUUAAAGCUGAGUGCUAGCGGUUGAAUAUAACAGGGAAGGAGAGAAGUUGCAAGUAAAAUAAUAUUGUGGAAAUUUCUUAUGUCACAAUAAGUGAAUAAGUUGUUGCUGGUAAUUGACGCUUAAAAAUUAUUCCUUAGUUGAAGGUUGUCAACAGAAUCAAAUGCGCCGCAAGACAUUCGAAUCAAGGCUUGUUAGGCAGACACACGGCUCAGCAAAGCCCAAAUCAUUGCCCGUGGUGAUCAAAUUGUAAAAAAGGCAAUAUAUUAUUGUAAUUAUGUGGCUGCCAAUGAUUGCUUUGAUUUUUUUGGUGAGCAGCAAAGGCGGGGUGAGCUGCAAUAAAAUGAAGGCGAUUAAUUUGUCUACCAACAAUGACAACCAAAAUAAUGUAGCGGCAAAUAAUAUUAGAAGUGGCAACAAAUGCGACACACAGCAUAUGAUCGUGACCGCAUUUGACGAUGUUAAUUACAACAAUAGCAACUCAAUUGCAGUGACUACAAAAGAUAGUAGCAGUAAUCGUAAAGAGGAUGCAAGUAUCAGCAGUUAUAGAAGCGCCAGCAAGGGAAGAAAUCUCCGUACCGAUGAUAAUGACGAACGCAGUCGAAAAAAUGACGAAAUGCGGAAGAAUCACCUGUAUGAAGCAAGUCAUGACUCCAGUAAAAUCACCGAAUUAGACUCAGUGGUUGACAUUAGUUGGAGCAAUAACAACAAUAGCAAUAACAACGUGCACAUCGAAAGGCCCAACAGUUACAGCGGCAAGCUGUCCCUCUCAAACGCAGCGCAAAGCUCUUUCAGAACGUUGCCACGUCAUCAAAGGGCAAUUGCAGCCGUGGCCGAACAGAAAGGAUUGUUGCAGGCGGCGGGCGAUGAACGCGUACUGCGACGCGGCAAGCGGUAUCUGCAAUUUGCCAAAGGGUCUCGUGUCUCGUGGCGUACAAAUGGUAAAAAUAACAUUUUGAAGUCGAAUACCCUUUGGGCUUAUGGGUACGGAUUCCGUGUUAAUUUCCCUUUUCCCGGUCCCGAUGAAUCACGUCGCCCAUUCUUCAAACGUGAUGUACUACAUUCGUUGGUGGAUGUCCUUGAUGGACAUGGCUUAGAUGGACAAGCCUGUAUUUUGAAGUCCUAUUGCACAGCCGCUUUAGAUGUGAACUCAAAUAUCAGCGGUGGCAUGCUUUUCAAAAUGCUGAAACUGAUUUUUACGUUGAAGGAGCAUGACAAACGCCACUUGCCCUACCUACGGUUGGAGAAUUGUAAGCAAAUUUUGCACAGUCAUUGUCCAUUGAGCUUCAACAGCAUAUCACCCUAUACUGACGAUGUUUAACUAAAGGAGAGACGAAAAAAUAAGCUAAAUAAUGUUCGCACAAUAGACAUUCACUUUUUUAUGUAAAUAUAUAUAAAUAAUAUAAAAACAAAUAUGUACAGGGUGGUGAA